GUUUAAUAUAUUAUAUUAUAUUAUAUUAUAUUAGUUAUUAUAGGUUAUUACUAUCAUUAUUAGUAUUGUUAAUAAUGGUUAAUAGUGUACUUCUUACUUCAACUCUGUUUAAAAAACUGAUUGACCAAGGCAUUCAACGAGGUUAUCUCAAUGACUUUUUACCAACCCUCGAUGGCGAAUCCUACCUUACCAAACAGCACAUUCAACUUUCAAUCCAAAACCAUGUUAUGAAACACGGAAGAGCAUCUAUUGCUGAAUUGGCAGACUUGCUUAAUCUCGAACAGAGUUGCAUCAUUCAAGCAUUGAAUGACAUUAAUGAGUUUAUCAAAGUAGAUGAUCUUGUAUUUACCAGUAAAUAUAUCGAUGGGUUUAUAAAUCAAAUCAAAGAUCGUGUUGAUCAAACUGGCUGGGUUUCUGUAUUGGCCCAAGCACAAUCAAUUAGCCUUCCAUAUGCAUUUCUACAGACAAUAUUGGAUGAAAAACUCUUGUGUAAUGAGGACUACAUAAAGUAUUCGACUCUUCCAGACUUGAUUCUUUCAGAAGAAUAUUACAACAAAAGUAUAGAAACUAUCAAGGGAGCAUUGGAAGAGGCGUCCGACAAACCUAUCCAUAUAGUCAUGGUAGAUGGUUUGGCCAAAGAAAACGUACUCAAAGGACAUUUCCGAGGAAGACGUGAAAGAGCAGUUUUUGAACCUACUGUUUAUCGAGACCGUCAAGUGGAAUUGAUAUUCUCUUUAUUGGAAGCAGCUGGCUACAUUGAAUAUGAAACAGUCGUACGCCAUUAUCCUUACAUGAACCCAACAGAUCUCCUGAAAAAGAAUUAUCCGAAUAUUCUACUCCUUGAUGGCUGUGCUGCCACAGAAGACCUUGUCAAGAAAUUAGAAGCAAAGAUCCAAGAAACCUAUGACACCAGCACUUGGCUAGAUGCAUCCGCAUGGGCACCAUUUGUAUUCACUCCUGCAGAUGCCACUGGACUUCUGGAACACACAAUGACCCGACUAACUCACUUGACCUCACCUACCACUUCUCGGCGCAGUCUGGGUUCUUUGGCAGACCCUGAAAAUAGAUUGAUAGUAUUGGAAUCUCGAUUCGUUACCUCUACUCGUUACCUUGAAGAAUUGAUCAAAUCUUCUACAGACUUUUUGAACAAAAGAGCUCUCUCGGAAAUCCAACAGCAAAAGAAAACGCACAGUUCAAAAGGAAAAAAGCAUCGUGCUGAUGACAAGGGAUUAGUGUUGACCGAACAAGAGAUAUGUAAAUAUUUGAUAGAAGAGUGUGGAUUGGAAAAAUCUUUUGCCAGGAGUGUAUCAACAACCCUUCGCAGACCAAUGACAGACGCCUUUCAACGUGCUAUUCAAACAGUGUAUUUGCCUAGUAGUAAUAAUGGCAGUGGUACUUUGCUGUCUCCAGAAAGUCAAUGGAUCGAGGCUUUAAAAAAACGUCAACAGACCCUAUUGUCUACCCUGCACCAGACCAUUGUCUAUACCACACAAGCGAUCCAAAUAUUUAAAGAUGAGUCAGGAAAUAAAAGCCUUGAGAAAUAUGUUGUUCGAGUACUAUGUCUGGAAUGGCUGUACAAUUUUUUGGUUCUCCAAACACUCUCAGAAGCCUAUGACAUUGCAGGCGUUGAAGAUGCUGUUGGGGUAUCUGAAAAGGAUUUAGAAAAUCAGAAAAAGAUCAGUGAAGAUCACCAGAAGAUGGCCAUCCAGCGCAUGUUAGAGGUCCAUUCAUCAGAUGUCCAACUAAAGGAUUUGCAUCAAGCAGCACUCGCAGGCAAAAAACCAGAUCUAUUCUUGAGCUAUUUUGAAAGCAGCCCUCCCAAUUUCUUCAAGCCUUUGACAGAGAAUGUGAAAAAACAGGCUUGGAAAGACAUGGUGAAUUCUUUAGGUCGUUUAUUGAACACUUGCAGCUUGAGUGAAUCGACUGGUCCUUCAAUCUUGCACAUUACCAGCCUGAUUUGUUUCGAAUAUAUUUAUCAUAACACACCCUUUUCGGUGUCUGGAAAAUACGUGCCGUUGAUCAUUAGACACUGCACACCUCAAUUGGAGGCCAAAGACCAGUCAAAGGAAGCAAAGUUGUUGAACGACGCCCAUGCAAUGAUUAUGGCUCAUGUCAAAUCAAAGCAACCAGUUGACCUUGAUCUUCUUGCCAAGGUUAAGAAACAAGGACAACAAUGGGUAUCAAAAUUGCAAGACAUUUAAAAUAAUCAGUGUUUAAUAAUGAAACUUUUUAUUUUAUUUUACUUUUCAAAUGUUUUAUUUUUCUAUGAAUCUUUCUCUUACUAUAUAUAUAAAAGUAUAUUUGAAUGAGUUUCUUUUUU